GUCGUCGGCCCCCCGUGCCGGCGGAUCUAGGCGGCGGCUCGGGGCGGCUCUAGCCCCUUCCCUCCUUGUCAGCCCGCGGGGAGCGCGGUCACCGCAGGAGCAGGACGAAUGUAUGACAACAUGUCCACAAUGGUGUACCUAAAGGAAGACAAAUUGGAGAAGCUUACCCAGGAUGAAAUUAUUUCUAAGACAAAGCAAGUGAUUCAGGGACUGGAAGCUCUGAAGAAUGAACACAAUUCUAUCUUGCAAAGUUUACUUGAGACACUUAAGUGUUUGAAAAAAGAUGAUGAGAGCAAUCUCGUGGAAGAGAAAUCGAACAUGAUUCGCAAGUCACUGGAAAUGUUGGAACUUGGGCUGAGUGAGGCACAGGUAAUGAUGGCCUUGUCAAACCAUCUAAAUGCAGUUGAAUCAGAGAAACAGAAAUUGCGUGCCCAAGUACGCCGUCUAUGCCAGGAAAAUCAAUGGCUGCGGGAUGAGUUAGCUAACACACAGCAGAAGUUACAAAAAAGUGAGCAAUCUGUGGCUCAGCUGGAGGAAGAAAAGAAACACCUGGAAUUCAUGAAUCAGUUAAAAAAAUAUGAUGAUGACAUUUCUCCAUCAGAGGACAAAGACAAUGAUUCUACCAAAGAACCUCUGGAUGACCUUUUCCCCAAUGAUGAAGAUGACCCAGGUCAAGGAAUUCAACAGCAACAUAGCAGUGCAGCUGCUGCUGCCCAGCAAGGGGGCUAUGAAAUUCCAGCAAGGCUUAGAACUCUUCAUAACCUUGUUAUUCAGUAUGCUUCCCAAGGUAGAUAUGAGGUUGCCGUACCAUUGUGCAAACAAGCACUGGAAGAUCUUGAGAAGACUUCUGGUCAUGAUCACCCUGAUGUUGCCACCAUGCUAAAUAUCUUGGCUCUGGUAUACAGAGAUCAGAAUAAAUACAAAGAUGCUGCUAACCUACUAAAUGAUGCACUGGCUAUCCGUGAAAAAACCUUGGGCAAAGAUCAUCCGGCGGUGGCAGCAACUCUGAAUAAUCUUGCCGUGCUUUAUGGUAAAAGAGGGAAGUACAAAGAAGCUGAGCCUUUGUGUAAGAGAGCCCUGGAGAUCAGAGAGAAGGUUUUGGGAAAAGAUCACCCAGAUGUGGCCAAACAGUUAAAUAACUUGGCCUUACUCUGCCAGAACCAGGGCAAGUAUGAGGAGGUAGAAUAUUACUAUCAAAGAGCCCUUGAGAUCUACCAGACAAAACUGGGACCAGAUGACCCCAAUGUGGCCAAAACAAAAAAUAAUUUGGCAUCCUGCUACCUGAAGCAAGGGAAAUUCAAGCAGGCUGAAACACUGUACAAGGAGAUUCUCACUCGUGCACAUGAGAGAGAGUUUGGCUCUGUAGAUGAUGAAAAUAAACCCAUUUGGAUGCAUGCUGAGGAGAGAGAAGAAUGCAAAGGAAAACAAAAGGAUGGGACAUCUUUUGGGGAGUAUGGUGGCUGGUACAAAGCUUGCAAAGUUGAUAGUCCAACUGUGACAACCACUUUAAAGAAUCUUGGAGCACUUUAUAGACGUCAAGGCAAGUUUGAAGCUGCUGAAACAUUAGAAGAGGCAGCCAUGAGGUCUCGAAAACAGGGUCUUGACAAUGUUCACAAACAGAGAGUAGCUGAAGUGCUAAAUGACCCUGAGAGCAUAGAAAAAAGAAGAAGCCGAGAGAGUCUCAAUGUUGAUGUGGUAAAGUACGAGAGUGGUGCUGAUGGAGGGGAGGAAGUGAGUAUGAGCGUGGAAUGGAAUGGGGAUGGCACUGGAUCUUUAAAGCGCAGUGGUUCCUUUAGCAAACUUCGGGCUUCAAUUAGACGCAGCAGUGAGAAGCUGGUUAGAAAGCUGAAGGGAGGAAGUUCACGAGACAGUGAACCAAAGAAUCCUGGCAUGAAGCGUGCCAGUUCUCUGAAUGUUCUUAAUAUGGGUGGCAAGGCUGCUGAAGAUCUCUUUCAAGAACGAAAUAAUUGUCUGACAGACUCGAGAGUUCUGAGUGCCAGUCACACUGACUUAGCCCAUUGAGGUGCUGGGACUGAAGCUAGCUAUUAACGGAGCACUGAGACGCUCAGAGCUUUGGUUCCUCGUCACUCUUGUUAGGAACAUGUAGAUUAGAGGUUCCCUUGCAAAGGACUCUGAUUUUUUAUAUUUCUAAAAAAAUUACUUUUAAAAUGUAGUGACUUUUUCCUUUUAAAGGGACUGUAGGUCACUGCUAUCUUCUGUGCUUAUACUGAGCUUUGUUACUCACAGUAGCCAUGAGCUAUAGAAACACUGAUAUUUCAAAUAUACCAACAUAAGAAAGAACAGGAUGGUCUCUAGAUUCUCAGGGCUGAGACACAGCCAAUCAAGUAACUGAUUAGCUCUUUACUGUGGCAUAGUGUAGGGAGGUUCAGCUUGCUCCACUGCUGCUGGCAGGCCAUUUAAUGCCUUCAUAUUUAUACAUGGCUCCCAGAAUAGAUAUGGAAAGUUUAGUGUUUUAAUUAGGCUUUCGAGGUACAUAUGUAAGGAGCCUGUCAUCUUACCAUAUUAUGCCAUUGCAUGGUGUUCCAAAAGUCUUGGUCAUGUUUUAAGCCAUGCUUAAAAAAUUGUGCUUCUGGGACACCUUUUAUAUAACAAAGAUUGAAUCAUCCAUGGCAGGAGAGUGAGGGGGCCAACAAGCAGUGAAGAUGGUCUGUCAUCCUUUCCUUUAGUCACUAAUUGCACUAAAUUAUGCUGACUUUAUUUCUGUUGUGUUUUUGGCCCAGUUCUUAGUAGGGCCUGUGCAACUGGUCUUAAUGGGAAAUGAAACAAUUGAUUCUGUGCCAGGCCAUGAUGCUUCACAGAACUAGAAGAACCCUAGCCCCCAAAUUGCCCUUUCCUGUGUCACAGUCUUGGUUGGUGCUUUUGUGGACCUCAGCAGCUUGUAUUAACCCCAAGACAGGUUCUGGUUGAAUGACAAGGGGUAUUCCUUUAGGCUUCAAUGUAAACUGAAAAGCUGUACUUAAUAGAGAGGACUCACCUGGGUCACCUCAUGAGAUCAGAGGGCUGAUUUCAGGUCACUCUUGAGAAGUUCUGUAAGACUUGGAGAGUGUAAUAAGCUACAAGCAGUCAUCAGUGAUUGAGCAUUGUGAAACUAAAAGGAAAGGAAGAGUUUACUUCUUGGUAAAAUCAUGAAGAUUAGAAUAUAUACUUUGUGUCAGAGAAAAACAAAUCUACAACUUUUUGCUUGUGAGCAGGCUAAAAAGAAAAGAUUAUGACCAUCCUUAUUGUGAAAUGCAGAUGAGUAAACAUUUUGAAUUUAUUUUAAAGCAAUAAUGAAGCCAUCUAUAUGUGAAAUGCACUUAAGUGUUUCCUAUAAAAUACUUGCCUAGUAGUAUGUCUGUAGAGAACUUGUUUGAAGUUGGCUAAUAGCUAAUGUCUAAUUAGACAUUUUACACAUAGUGACAAUGCUGCUAAUUUUAGUUUCUCAUACUGUAUCAUACUUUAUUGGUGAAUUUAAGAGAACAAACUCUUUGGGAUUAUUUUAUAGCAAUUUUAUUUUUAAAGUUAAUUUGUUAAAAAUAACUUUGUAUAGUUAUUAAUAUAAUAGAUUGCAAAGAUUAUGUAUCUGUAUGGGGUGUAUAAUGCACUUUUUUCAGUUAUGUGCAUAGACUUUCAAUAUCAAAAUGUCAAUUGUACCUACCUUCUGUUCUAUAGAAGAUUUCCUGUUCCGUGACCAUUAGCAUUAUUAUGUGAUCCCUACUUUUCCAGUUUACUGUCCAGUCUUCUCUUUCCUUCUUUCCUUGAUGAUGAGACCAUGCUGCUUCACAUUAUCUCCAAAUUGCCCUUCUUGAUAGUAUUUAAGCUUGAGGGUUCCCAUAGAACUGUAACAUAUACUUUGUUUAUUUUGCCUUUAAAAUUUUAUAGAAAUAGAUGUACUUUAGAUAUACUUAGAAAAUUUCCAUCAAGUUGUAAGAAGAUAGCAGAAACAAUCAGGGACAGCUGUUUUGAUUUCAUGGUUCUAUAAAUCCCAUUUUUUAGUGGACUAGCACUAGGUGUGCUGUAUUUAAAUUUGAUAUAUAAAAUACAUGAUUCAUUAUACAUGAGAAAGUGAUAGGCAGCAUGGUGCAAUGGAUAGAGAGCUAGUCUUGGAGUUAGGAAGACCUGGAUUCAAGUCUUGCCUCUGAUAUGUAACUGAUUGUGUGACCCUGGGCAUAUUGUUUAUUCUCUAAGUGCCCCAAGCAUAAAGUGCAACGAGGGGGGCAAUUUGUAUUGGCAGAACAAGUUCCAGAGGUCUCUUCCAGGAGUUUCCUAAAUCGAUAAAAUCACAAGUAUUGCUUUAAAAAAAGAAAACUAGGCUGUACUUACUCUUUCCUUACUUUGUUCUCUCUAGUCCCAUCUUAAAAUUCUUUUCUUUCCCUAAUCAAAAUUGAUUGCAUUAUACAUGAAAUGUAAACAGUAACUUAAUGACUGAUGGUCCAAUUCACUCUAGGAUAACAAAACUAGGGCGCACAGUUAGGGUGGAUGGAAACAAAGACUUGAAAGUAGAAUUUCAUGUUAUUAGAUCUACUUUUACAUCUUUGUUAAAGAAUCCAGUUUAGAUUUCAGUCUCAGUUCUCUGCAGAUAUAUAGUUAUGACUUUCAUCCUUCAAUAACUUACUGAUUGGAAAUCAUACAAGUGGAUUUCGUAACAUCAGAGACCAUAAGAAUUGGAAAACCAUCACUAGUGAAACCAGGCUGAAAAUUAAUUUCCCUUUUGAGAACUUUGAAUCCUUCUUGGCUACAUUUCAAGAUGACAGUUUAACAUGGAAAAUUCUGCUUGAAAUCCUGAUCCUUAGAUUUUCGUAAUAAUGCAAACAAAUCUACCAGUGUGUUGCUAUUUUGAUUGGAUUUCUGAAAUGAAAUUGCUUUUUUUUUUUUAAACAUCCAAGUAGAUGUCUUUUUAUAUACACAUUCUUAUAUUCACACCCAUUUGUUUCUUGCUAAUGUUUGUCCAAGAAAGAAUUUACCAUCAGCAUUGGAGAGAAAUGAAUCCUGCAUACAUUUCUAUGCCUUUGCACUUAAGUUUCUUAACUGCAGCUUGUGCAAGAAUUAUGACUGGUGAGCACCAAAAAUUAAUGAGAAAUAUUAGAGGCAAAGUUACUAUGGACUAGUACUAUGCUCUUAUACCUAAAAUUGUCCUCUAGUGAAUUCUUCAGGAAAGAAUCCAUUUGCUUCAGGGAUGAUUAACUCCCUGGGAAUAUAUUACAGUUUUUAAUGAGAUAAUGAAUAGGGCUUUAGGUAGGCCAUUUUUAUAUUGUGUGGUUUUUUUUUUUAUCAUUCUCUGCCUCACUCUGAAAGGUCAAUGAAAAAUCACAAAGCAAAGUUAUUUAAAGUUUAUAUGUAGGUUGAUGAAUAUGGUGAAUGUUAAUGGGUUUACAUAGCCUACUAAACAGUAGGUUUUUAACAUUUGGUUAUCUGAGUUUCUGUUGUUGAAAAUGCAUGUUAGCACUUGUUCUUAUGUAUGUUUACAAUAUAUGAUAGGGUCACAUGUACAGCUUGGGUAUGUUUCUGGUCAGAGUGCUGCUAAAAAGUAUCACGUUUUAAAUGUAAUUGUUAGAUUUAUUCAUAGAAGGGAGCACAGAUAUAUUGUGCUAGGAACUCAUGAUUGACUAUCUGAAAUGAUGUAGAAUAGAUUUUUGAAGGUUUAUAACUCCUGUACACAUUGCUUUGUUAGACAUGUACCUACUUAGGAAACUAAUUAAUGAGAUGAUCAAAUCUCUGCACUUAAUAUUUUCAAGAAGUUUACACUGAUCAGAUUUUAAAAAAAUUAAUAAUCAUGUGGGGCUCUCCCCCACGGUCAUUUUUAACAUAAUGACACAUAAGUCUCUUGGACUUGAACUGUACCACAAAGGUCAUUUGGUCAGAGGAGAGUCUAGGCUGAUAUACCCAGACACUGUAACUGUUUAAUUCCUCAGAAUUUGAGGGGUGACUUAAGUAUUUGAUCAGGAGAUAUGAAGAUAAGCUAGAAAUCGCAAAUCUCAUCUGGAAAAUAGACUUAAAAGGUAAAAAUGGCUGACAUUCUUGGGUAGGAUAAGAAUUUUACCAUAGUUCUUGUGUUUGAAGUCUGGAGUAUGUCUGAUGCCUUUUUAGGGUGGCAGUGUUUUAAAACAGACUACUAAAGCUGAGGACUAUAUCUAGAGAGAUCAGGGAGUUUUUUUUUUUUUGUAGCACUUUGGACUCUGAUGCUCUUGUCACUUUUUUACAGUUUCCCUUUUAAAGAUACUAGCUUUGCCCAAAGAAUCGUUUAACAAAGUAACAUUUUAUAAAAUAUUUACUGUGUAUUUCAUAAGUUUAAGAAAUGUUUGCCUUCCUACUGAUGAAAAUGGUGGCAUAUUUUUGAGGGGAAACUGCACAUCCAAUACUUGCUUAGUAAAAGCACUGGUUGUUAGGACCGAAGCUCUAGAAACACAUUUGUACACAGCAUAGGGAAAAGUAGCAGAGGAAACAUUGUGCUCUGGAGUCAGGAGAGUUGAGCUUGGCUCCUUUUCAGGUGCUUCUUACCUGUGGGUCCCUGGGCAAGUCAUCCUUAUCUAUAAAAUGGGGACAAGAUUGCUACCACCUCACAUGGCUGUUCUGUGGAAAGUGCUUUGCAAACCUUAGAAUGCCAUAGAGAUGUGAGUUGUUACAGAUACUAGAGGCAGUGAGGUGCGCAUACAUACCACCUGCAUCACAGCUUCUGUAGCCCACACUGCUUGAUAGAGGGCAUGGAGGUAGUAGUAACAAGGAUGUGGAGUGCCUCUCUUGGAGCUUUCUUUCUUAGAAAAGUAUAAUUUCAUUUCUUAAGCUUGGUAUAAAGGUUUUCACUUGAUAACUAUUUUAUAACCUCUUUAUUGAUGAUAGUGUCAAAGCUGAGUGUUUACACUGAUUCUGGAAUUUACUGCAUGUUUUCAGAAGUGUGUAUCAUUUCUAUUAAAUUUAUGUGCUGCAUCUCAGUGCCUUGGUCUUAUUUUUAAAUGUGCUAUUUAUCUUACGUAGAGGGCCGGCUGGCAUUUUUCUCAAAAAUUAAAGAAAUAAACUUAUUCGCUACAAGUUAA